CUCCGGUAGCUUCUCUCCUCUCCGGCUUUCUUCAAAGCGGUUAACCUAACUCCGACGAAGUACCUAAUUUCCGAUCAUUUUCCCCCUAACUUGAUCUUUCCCUAAAUUCAGUUAUCGGAACUGAGAAAUACGAAAUGGAAAACGGAAAAGUAGUGAACGGAAGAGGAGGAGUAUGUUCAUCGGAAACCAUUAAUGGCGGCGAAGAUGUGUUCAGUUGCGAUAAAUCCGAUGCUUCCUCUGCUGAUCAUCUUGUAAUUAUGGUACACGGUAUUCUAGGAAGCACCGCAGACUGGAAGUUUGGUGCUGAGCAAUUUAUUCGGAGGUUUCCUGACAAAGUUUUUGUUCAUUGUAGCGAACGUAAUAUUGGAAAACUAACAUUGGAUGGUGUGGAUGUAAUGGGUGAGAGAUUGUCAGAGGAGGUUCUUGAAGUGAUCAAGAGAAAACCAGGUCUGAAGAAAAUUUCUUUUGUCUCACACUCUGUUGGAGGGUUGGUGGCAAGAUAUGCCAUUGGGAGGUUAUACAGACCUCCUAGAAUAGAGAAUACUGAGGAUUUAUCAGCCAAUGCAUGUGCAGAAGGGUUGAAGGAUUGCACGAUAGCUGGUUUGGAACCUGUUAAUUUUGUCACUGUUGCCACACCUCAUCUUGGUUCUAGGGGUAACAAGCAGGUGCCGUUUCUUUUUGGUCUAACUGCCUUAGAGAAAGCUGCUUUCCAUGUAAUCCAUUUAAUAUUUAAAAGAACAGGGAGGCACCUUUUUCUUUGCGAUAAUGAUGAAGGGAGGCCUCCAUUACUUAAACGCAUGGUGGAAGACGAUGGUGAACUACAGUUCUUGUCUGCGUUGCGUUCAUUCAAGCGCCGAGUUGCAUAUUCAAAUGUUGGCUAUGAUCAUGUUGUUGGUUGGAGAACGUCAUCUAUUAGACGUAAUAAUGAACUACCCAAGUGGGAAGACUCCUUUAAUGAGAAGUAUCCUCACAUUGUCUAUGAAGAACAUUGCAAGGCAUGUGAGGGUGAGCAGGGUGAGUCUGUUUUGAAGGAGGAUGAUUCUUUGGACAAGUUGGAAGAAAAUUUGGUGACUGGUUUAUCUAGAGUGUCAUGGGAUAAAGUGGACGUUAGCUUUCACAGGAGCAGGCGUAGAUUUGCUGCUCACACUGUUAUUCAGGUGAAGGAUCAAAAAAUAGAUGCCGAAGGUGCUGAUGUUAUACAACAUAUGGUUGAUAAUUUUAUCGUAUAGAGGCCAAAAUCAAAUUUGAAAUUUUCAAGGUGAUCAAUGAUUUGCAUGGAGGGGCAUAUCUAGAGGGUUUA